AAAAAAUCUCCUAGAAUAUGCUUGAGGUGAUAUUUAGGCGGUAUAGACUUACCGUUGAGCUCCAUGCCUGUAUUCCUAGUUCUCUAAAACCUUGCGUUGAGUUUGGUUCCGUCCCAUAACCCAUGGAGCUUCCAGUUUUCCCACUCUAGCUGUCUCCUGUUCCUUCUUCCUUACAGAUAAUCGGAAACCCUAGCAUUAUCAUCGCUAGCAGAGAAUGGCCGGAGGUAGUAAUCAUCCCAAGGGCUCGUCCCACAAGGCUUCUUCAUCAUUUUCAGCCUCCGCCUCUCAUCGUAAGUCUCGUUGGGAAUCAUCCACCACAACCGUCGCCGCCAAUACCAAAAACCCGUCCGCCGGGGAUCACAAACAACCCAAAUCCAAAAACGAUCCGUCUCCGAAAUCGGGACCAACCCCGAGCCCAGCCCACUCGAAGCCCCUAACCGAUCCGCCUCACCAUCCCGGUGCCGCCGGCCCUGUCCCCUCUCCCGGAGCUGUGUUCCCUUUCAUGGACCCCGCAGCUAUGGGCCCACCGCCGCCACCGGCUUAUGGGUUCCACAUGCUGGAGCGCCGUACAAUUGUCCUCGCCGACGGCAGUGUUCGAUCCUAUUUCGCUCUCCCGCUUGAUUACCAAGACCUUCCUCCGGCGCCGCCUCCUCGACCUCUUGAUCCGGCGGGGAGGUUCUUGCCGGUGGGACCUGGUGGUCUUGGCCACCACGAACUGGGUGGUGGGUUCGAUAGGCGGUUGCCGCCGGCGGGAGGGCCUAUGAGUCCUGGAGGGUUUAACACGCACCAGGAUUACUGGAAUUCCCUCGGGCUCGAUGGGCGUGGGCACAUGGAGGGUUCCAUGAAGAGGAAAUUUACAGAAGAGGAAGAGAAGGAUCUCCGGAGAGAUGAAAAGGAAGAACUUUUGAAGCAAAGGCAGCAAUUUAUGCAGUAUGGCCAUCAGAAUGGGUUUCCAGUGGCGGGUCCCGGCGGCCGCGGCGGCCAGUUUUUGUCGGGAGCAAGUGGUGAGGAAUCGAGGGCUGCCAAGUAUAUGAGGAUUGGUGAUAGCUAUGAAAAUAUUGGAUUGAGGCAAAGCGGUGGUGGUGGUGGUGGUGGUGGUAGUAGUGGUAAUGUGGGUCUUAAGCAUCUUGAAGUAGAUCAGAAUGCGCUGAAGAAGGCAUUCCUUAACUUUUGCAAGUUGAUUAAUGAAAACCCACAUCAAAGGAAGAAUUAUUUGGAGGAGGGAAAGCUCUCCCGUCUUCAAUGUAUUGCUUGUGGCAGGUCUUCCAAAGAGUUUCCAGAUAUGCAUAGUCUCAUCAUGCACACUUACAACUCAGAUAAUGCUGACUUGCAUGUGGAUCACUUGGGGUUGCAUAAAGCUUUGUGUGCUUUAAUGGGGUGGAAUUACUCCAAGCCUCCUGAUAACUCAAAGGCAUAUCAGUUUCUUUCUGCUGAUGAAGCAGCAAAAAACCAGGAUGAUCUGAUUAUUUGGCCACCCAUGGUGAUAAUUCAUAAUACAAUCACAGGAAAGGGUAAAGAUGGGCGCAUGGAGGGCUUUGGAAACAAAGCUAUGGAUAAUAUAAUUAGAGCUAUCUUGGAGUUUCCAUGGGGACAGCCUAGUUGUUUAUUCACUUGUCCUCUAAUGCUAGAGGUCCUUGGAUUAAAUCUUACCCUUCCAAAAACAGAAAAGGAAAAUGAAGAAACAGCCAUAUCCGUAACCGUAGCGAGGUUUGGUUGAAAUAUUUGAUUAUCUUGAACUUGACUCUUCAUAGCUUGACCAUGCAGACUUUUAUUUGUGGAAUGCAUUGGGAAAAGAAAUUCUGUGUAUUUUCUUUCUUCCCUUUUGAAGUUCAAGGGGGGUGGGGGGAAUAGACUUAGCUAACACUGGUGGAAUAAUAUUGUUUAAUUGCGUUCAAUGUGACUUGUGUUAAGAGUGUCAGGACACAAUGCUCCUGAUAACAUCCUGAGAAAAAUGUGUGUAUAUUUAUAAAAGGGUACAUAAUCUCUCGUAGCUAAGUGGCUUUAACACUUAUGGACCUGCUUUCUUUAUCAGUUAUAUUUUUUUUCAUAUCUUCUUUUUUUAACUUGAGCUUUGCUGGUGUUUGGAAUUGACAUUCUGUAAUUUGACUACUGUUGAGAUUUUCCAAUUUAUGAUGGUUCGGUUUAUUGUAGUCCUCAAUCUCAUUGUGUGUCAAGAACCGUGACCUCUUACUUUUGUCAUGUAGAUUGAUUGCCUUGAGCUGAAUGUCGAUUUUUCAUCUUAGCUUGGCUGACACAAGUUUCAUUGUAUUGCAUGUUGACGUUACCAUAGAAAGCUCAAAGUUCUAUUUUAUGGCUUUUCACCCUUUGAUAUGCCUUAUUUGCUGUGGCCUUCUAGUUUAAUCUUUUACAAAUCUAGUGAUUCAUCAUGCUGUUACCGCUUUGUGGUAGUUCACUCUUCAGCUAUGUGGUAGUGUACUGUACUAUCUUUUUACUAUGCUAUCCUUUUUAUUGAUUUUGUUAAGCGUUGAGCAUCUUGAAAUAAGGAAUAUUGAGAGCAUAGUGAUCCUAAAGGGGUUUUGGUUUGUGUAGUGUUCUAUUCUUGAUGGGAAUAUUGCUUUUAAGUUGCAACUAUAGUUUGAAAUUUUCUGCGCUACCUUACUUGUCUGGUUGCUAUAUUGCCUGAUUUUGGGAUUCCAUGGUAUAUUUAUUGCUAAGAUGAAAAUGUUCUCCAUUCAGGUUUGUCUCAGCUAGGUUAACCUUUAAUAUUUAUUUAUUUUUAUUUUACGUGAAUUGUAAUAUUUAUUUCUUCAAGGGAUCUAAGGCUAAGAUAAUACUUUAUAAUAGCAAAUUAAAUAGAAUCAAGAAUAGGUAGUACUUGUUGCCUAGUGUUAGUACUUUGUAUGUUUUGAAUGUUGCCAUCUAGUUAUCUCAGUUGGUCCUAAUGUUUUGGUGUUGGUUGGUAAAAAAUAAAGGUAGUAUACAAAACUUUGUUGCUUGCACACCAUGUAAGAACAUUGUAUUGAGCCAGUGGCAAUGCAUCAUUUCCUAAAUGGUAGAAAUUCUUGGGGUGGCUUGGAUUUUCUAGUAAAGAGGAUCUGAAACCACUUAUCCGUGUGGAAGCUUCAAUCUGCAGCUACAGGGAAGCCAUGUGGAGCCGCAAAAGAUAACCCUUUAGCCUUCUUUCUGCACCCAGAAGUCUAAAAUACAAGUCCUCUUUAAUUAAUGAGUCUGUCUCUUAUUUUUGGUUUUUCAGAUCUUGGAUUUACAGGUGGGAAGUCAAAGUCCUUGUAUGGUAGAGAGGGCCAUUUGGGUGUGACAUUAAUGAAGUUUGCCGGGGACCAGGCAGGCCUAAAGGAUGCAAUACACCUGGCAGAGUUCUUUGAGAAGGACAACCGUGGACGCAAGGCAUGGACCCGUU